CUGGGACCACGAACCUUCAAGACCGCCUCUGGCAAACGCUGUGUUGUCGUGUCGCCACGUGUUAUAACACUUUGGGCCGAUAACAGCCCAGUUACACAUCGCCCAUGCAGCAGCAUCCAAUAUCAUCUCCGAGCGUGUCGCCAAGUCUCUACGCGCCAGCGACCAUCGAGAGAAGCCGAGAUGGCAGCGAUGGAAGGCAGCGUCGGCGGCGUCGACGAGCCAGCGCGGAGGAGGAGCGGUCGCACCGCUUGACCGGCUGCACCAGCUGCGGCCAAACGACUCAGAGUUCGUAUCGAGUGGCCGGCGGCGAUCGAACUUGACCAGAUGUGUAACACGUCGUCUUCGCCCACGCCUCACCCACGCGAUUUCAAAAUCAAACUGGUCCUCAGUAGCAGUCGUCAUGGGCGCGGAGACCUUUGUUGGUAUUGGGCUCGUCGCGUUUGCUAUCCUCUUCCUCGGCUACAUGUCGUACAAGUGCAGCCGCGACAAGGCGCGCGUGCCGCCGCCUGCCAAGCCCGUUGAGACGCCCGCGUACAACCCGACCGCGCUCACCGAGAUGGAAGAUGGUCGUGGCAGCGGCUCGUUCGUCGUUCUGCAGGACAAGGUGCGCGACAGCAACAUCCUGGACGCGUCGCCGCCGUCGCAAACGCACGUCUCGGCCAAGCUCGUCUCGUUCAGCGUCGGGUCGUCCGUCGGCGUCGGCAGCCACUUUGUCGUGACCAAGCCGACAGCGACCGACGACAUUGCGAUCCUCGAGGACGAAGAAGACGACGACAUGAUGGUCAUCCAGCACGCGCCAAUGAAGAAGCUCGGAGACGGCCUUGCCGAAGACGACUUUGACAUCGUCGACCAAGACUUGUACCGGUCGUCGACGUCGUUUAGCAAAGGCAUGGACGGCCGGUACUCGCACUUCAGCAUGGUCUCAGAGCUCUCAGCGUACGAGACGGCGAGCGAGUACGAGUCGCGCAUGUCCCAGGCAAGUCGCGACAGCUACAUGACCGACUACGACGGCAAGGAGGCCCGCAUUUAGACGCGAGACGCAACUACUAGUUUGAAUAGGAUUUAUUAAUCAACGCGCCAGCGCGGCGCCGUGAGCUACA